AUGUGUUAUUUCACGAUCUGGUUCUUGAACUGUGUACCUGUUCUGACGACAGGAGCAGCACCGUCGUUGCCAUUCAAAGCAACAGCGAAGGGCUCAAAGGGCCGCAUUGUGGCUGUGAUUGGUGCCGUUGUGGAUGUGCAGUUUGACGAAGGAUUGCCGCCGAUUCUCAAUGGGCUUGAAGUCCCAUUUCACGGUAAGCUAUAUUUGUCAGGUGACAAUGUUGUACGAACAAUUGCAAUGGAUGGUACGGAGGGACUUGUUCGAGGCGAUGAAGUGAUUGAUACCGGUGACCCGAUAAAAAUCCCCGUUGGUCCCGAAACUCUUGGCCGUAUUAUGAAUGUAAUUGGUGAACCGAUCGAUGAGCGCGGUGAAAUCAAAGCAAAAAAUUUUGCACCAAUCCAUGCUGAGGCACCAGAAUUCGUGGAAAUGAGUGUGGAGCAAGAAAUUCUUGUAACCGGCAUUAAAGUUGUCGAUCUGCUUGCACCGUAUGCAAAAGGUGGAAAAAUUGGUUUAUUCGGUGGCGCCGGUGUGGGGAAAACCGUGUUGAUUAUGGAACUGAUCAACAAUGUUGCAAAAGCGCAUGGUGGUUAUUCGGUAUUUGCGGGUGUUGGUGAGCGUACACGUGAGGGUUUAUUCGGUGGUGCCGGUGUGGGGAAAACCGUGUUGAUUAUGGAACUGAUCAACAAUGUUGCAAAAGCACAUGGUGGUUAUUCGGUAUUUGCGGGUGUUGGUGAGCGUACACGUGAGGGUAACGACUUGUAUCAUGAAAUGAUUGAGGGUGGCGUCAUCGAUCUGAAAGGAAAUAACUCAAAAGUGUCUUUGGUGUAUGGUCAAAUGAACGAGCCACCAGGAGCCAGAGCACGGGUUUGCCUAACCGGUUUAACGGUUGCCGAGUAUUUCCGUGACAAAGAAGGACAGGACGUGUUGCUGUUCAUCGACAAUAUUUUCCGAUUCACACAGGCUGGCUCCGAAGUGUCUGCACUGCUGGGACGUAUCCCGUCUGCUGUCGGUUACCAGCCAACUCUGGCAACUGAUAUGGGUGGCAUGCAGGAACGAAUCACCACCACCAAAAAAGGAUCAAUUACAUCGGUGCAAGCGAUCUACGUGCCUGCAGAUGAUUUGACCGAUCCAGCACCAGCCACUACAUUCGCGCACUUGGAUGCCACAACAGUGCUGUCCAGGGGUAUUGCUGAAUUGGCAAUUUAUCCGGCCGUCGACCCACUCGAUUCAACAUCCCGAAUUAUGGACCCGAACAUUGUCGGUCAAAAGCACUAUGAUAUUGCUCGUGGUGUACAAAAAAUCUUGCAGGACUACAAAUCAUUACAAGAUAUAAUUGCCAUUCUUGGUAUGGAUGAGCUUUCGGAAGAGGAUAAGCUGGUUGUAUCGAGAGCACGAAAGAUCCAGCGGUUUUUGUCGCAGCCGUUCCAAGUUGCCGAAGUUUUCACCGGACACAAAGGAAAAUUCGUAACGUUGGAGGAAACGAUUCGCGGUUUUGAACUAAUUUUAAAAGGUGAAAUGGAUCAUUUACCGGAAGUGGCAUUCUACAUGCAAGGUGGAAUCGAUGAUGUGGUUGCAAGGGCGGAAGAACUAGCCAAACAGAAUGCAUAA